UCCCCUCCCCAUCCCCCCUGACCCUGUCCCUGUCCCCCAUGUCCCGAGGGUUUCGCCCCAGCCAGCGGGUGCUGCAGGAGAUCCGCAGGUACCAGAGCAGCACCCACCUGCUCCUGCGCCCCGGGCCCUUCGCCCGCCUGGUGCGGGAGAUCUGCCUCAUGUUUACCCGGGGGGUGGAUUAUCGGUGGCAGCGGAUGGCGCUGGUGGCCCUGCAGGAGGCAGCAGAGGCGUUCAUGGUGCGGCUGCUGGAGGACGCCUCGCUCUGCUCACUGCAUGCCCGGCGCGUCACCCUCUACCCCAAGGACCUGCAGCUGGCCCGGCGCCUGCGCGGCUUCGAGGGGGGCCUGGCCUGAGGGGCGCCCCCCAAAAAAAAGAUAAACCUCUUGGGGGGGUCACCUCCCCCACCCAGUCACCGAAACCCCCCCUUGAACAACACCCCCCCCCCCCAAUCCCUUCCCCUGGGGCACAUGCCCGCUACAGAAACACCCUGCAGAGUGUGUGUGUGUGUGUGUGUGUGUGUGUGUGUGUGUGUCCCUCUUUAUUAGGGAUUCCCCCACCCCAAACAUUGAGGACCCUAUUGGGGACCCCCCCCCCGGGAUUCCACCCCAAAACCCCCAGCCAUGGGGACCCUGCACCCCAAUAUCACCCCCAGAGACCCUCACGGGUCCCCACCCUUUUAGGGACACACACCCCCCUCCAACUCUUGGGGAUCCCCCACCUUAAUGGGAACCCCCUCCUAACCCUUGAGGACCCUAUUGGGGAUCCCCCCCCGGGAUCCCACCCCAAAACCCCCAGCCAUGGGGACCCUGCACCCCAAUAUCGCUCUCAGGGUCCCACCCCAAAACCACCUAUGAUGGGGACCCUGCACCCCAAUAUCGACCCCAGAGACCCCCACGGGUCCCCACCCUUUUAGGGACUCCCCCAGCCUUGAGGACCCCCCAGCAUAAUGGGGACCCCCCCCAAAUGUUGAGGACCUUAUUAGGUCCCCUUCUUUUGGGGACCCCCCCACCUUAAUGGGGACCCCUGCAAGGUCCUGCCCCCCAAUUACCCCCAGCCAUGGUGAUUUCCCCCUCCCCCCAAUGAGGGGCCCCCCAAGGUCCCCCCAUUUAUUGGGGACCCCCCCAGCCACUGCAGCCCCCCAAUAAACGUGUGUUCCCAGCA